AUGGCGGCAGUGGUGACACCACAGUAUGUACGGGAGCUAGCUUCACUGCUCGAUGUUAAAGCGGCUCAUGAAUGGGCGCUUGCGCUUGCCCUUGCAAGCACACCUCUGCCAGAAGGAUGGACAUGCAUGGUGGCUGAUGACGGAAGCGUUUCGUUCAUUCAUGAUGCACGGCCAGAGUCACUUCAGCGGGAACAUCCGCUGCUAGGAAGGGCCCUCCAGGCAUUGGCACGGAUGCGCGCAGACGACGCCGCUGGUAGCGCCGGCAACGGCGGUAGCGGCUCCGGGCCCCAGCUGCUUGGCCCCUUCGAAAACCUGGACUCCCCUGCCGUCGAGUACUUCUUCAUGAACAUCCAAACCGGGGAGGAGGUGCCCGAGUUCGAAUCCCCUCCCAGUGCCAUUAUUCCGCCCCUUCAACAGGAUAUCCGUCAGCUCCUCACAGCAAAUGAACCCUCCUCGACAGCCACCUCCUUACAAAGGGAGCCGCAGCGGGAACACCAGCAGCAGCAGCAGCAACACCAGCAGCAACACCAGCAAGGAGAGGAUUCGAGGGACCUAGCGCCGCAAGGGCCACGACCCACUCUGGCGGCUCCCAGAGCCGAUACGGAUGCGAUACAACGGCCGGAUGCUGAAGCAGGCGGAAUGGCAGCGGAAGCAGAAGCAGCAGCAGCGGCGGAGGCGGAAGGAGGGAAGGGGCCGCUUGGGAGUAGCGGCGGUAGCGCUGCGGCAUCGUACGACCGCGCUGGUUCGGGGACUUAUGCAGGCAUAUCGCCUGUGGCAGCGGACGCGGCGGAGGCGGCGGACGCGGCGGAGGCGGCGGAGGCGGCGGAGGCGGCGGAGGCGGCGGAGGCGGCGGAGGCGGCGGACGCGGCGGAGGCGGCGGACGCGGCGGAGGCGGCGGACGCGGCGGAGGCUCCUCUCGAAGCUUCUGAGGACCAGCGUCCAGGCGGUCUCCCGGGCUCGCGUUCGGCAUCCCUGUCGGAUCGCAACUCUCGGCCCAUCCCGGCGACGGCGUCGUCGUCUGCAUUGCGCGGCAACGGAGGCGCUGCCGGUGGCGCGGCGCUCGGAUCCCCACAACGCGGCACCGGAAGCCCCCAAGCGGCGAAGCAGCCAAGCCGGGAAGGCAGCGGCAGGAGCGUUGGCAGCGGACCGGGAACGACCAACCGGCCUCUGCCGCCAGACGCUGCUGCUGCUGCUAUUGCUGCUACAGCAUACACUUCACGCCCCGCAUCUGCUGCGUCUUCUCCCUCCUCCGCAGCGGGGGCGGCGCCGGCGGCGCUGCGCGCCACUGCCCCUGACGCUGCCGCCGUCGUCGCCCCCACCGCUAGCUCCCAGAGCUUGGGUCAUACGAGCUCAUUAGGGUACGGAGAAGAGGACGAUGUGUCCGCAAUGACCCGCCCGCCCCCUCCGUCCACCAUACCCCCCACCGCUAGGGACCUCGCGCUGAUCCCUAGCCUAUCUUGGCCACGUCUUGCUGCUACAUGA